AGAACGAUCGGGACGGAACGCACGUGUUUUCGGAAAAUCGAACAAGAUUUUGGCAAACAAAAUUUGAUCAGUGAGAGAACGGUAACGAUCAGGAAUACAUCGAUUAUCGUGAGAAACAAAUUUUUGAAGGCUAUUUGUUUUUGUGCGUGUACAGAGAGGCCUAGGGACGCCUUUUGACGCGCGGCGUCACGUCGCGCGAGCAUCAAUAACUGAAAAAGUGUGCGGUUCAAUUGAUAAAUAGUAAAUAGUAAAAAUUCGCGAUUGUAAAAAUCGCGUUCGAUUUCUCUGUGCGGCACGGUUUGAAAAAAAAAUAACCAACCAUGUUUGACGUUUUCGGCUCCGUGAAGGGAUUACUCAAGCUUGAUAGCGUUUGCAUUGACAACAACGUGUUUCGGCUACACUACAAAGCGACGGUGAUUAUAUUAAUCGCAUUUUCGUUACUGGUUACGUCCAGGCAAUAUAUCGGAGACCCUAUAGACUGCAUCGUGGACGAGAUACCACUUCACGUGAUGGAUACGUACUGCUGGAUCUAUUCGACGUUUACGAUUCCCGAUCGAAACGGUAUCGUUGGUAAAGAUAUGGUGCAACCAGGUGUCGCGUCCCACGUCGAAGGCGAGGAUGAAAUUAAAUACCACAAAUACUAUCAGUGGGUGUGUUUCACACUCUUCUUCCAGGCGAUAUUGUUCUACGUGCCGCGUUACCUGUGGAAGACAUGGGAAGGUGGUAGAAUCAAAAUGCUGGUCCUCGACCUUAAUUGUCCGGUGAUGGGUGAGGAAUCUAAAAAGGAAAGGACAGAACUACUGGUUGAUUAUUUCACAAACAACUGGCACACGCAGAAUUUUUACGCGUUCCGUUUCUUCUUCUGUGAGGUAUUGAACUUUGUAAACGUGCUUGGCCAGAUUUACUUCAUGGACUUUUUCCUGGACGGGGAAUUUACCACCUAUGGCUCGGAUGUGGUGAAAUUCACGGAAAUGGAACCGGAGGACAGGAUGGACCCUAUGUCACGGGUGUUCCCGAAGGUUACUAAAUGCACCUUUCACAAAUAUGGUGCGUCCGGUACGGUGCAGAAAUUUGAUGGGCUCUGCGUGCUGCCGUUGAACAUCGUCAACGAGAAGAUCUAUGUGUUCCUAUGGUUCUGGUUCAUCAUUCUGUCAGUGUUGAGCGGCUUAACCCUGGCCUACCGUCUCGCGGUCGUGGCCGGACCGAAGAUUCGUUUGGUGCUGUUGCGUGCCCGUUCGCGCCUCUCGGUGCCAGAUGAUAUCCAGGCGAUCUCGGAGAUGUGCCAGAUCGGCGAUUGGUUCCUUCUUUAUCAACUCGGCAAGAACAUAGAUCCGGUGGUAUAUAAGAAUUUCGUCUCGGAUCUCCUUACGAAACUUCAGGGCAAAGAAAACGUCUAGUGUUCCGUUCUUAUUAGAAUAUAUACCUCUUUUUCUUCUUUUCUUUUUCCGCUUUUUCGUUUAUUCUUCGAUUCUUCAAUAACAUUCAAUUAGUCGAACCGAAUCGUAUGUACAUCCAUAGUUUAUUCGAAGAUCGAGGGGCCAUUUUAAGUCACGUUUAUUAUAUGUAUGUAUGUAUUUAAAACGUGCGCGCGCAUUCCAAUGUUUUUGGAAAAUUUUUCGUAGUUUAUAGAUGCCUACGUAACGCGAGUUACCUUUCCAUCGUUGGAUUAGAAAUCGAUCGAAGGCAAGCUUCGUGCGAAAAGACACAUCGAGUGAAAUGAAUGAGAAAAAUUAAGUUCUUUUUUUUUUUAAGUUAAAUAUUCAUUCCUUUUUACUAUACUGUUGUGUUACACAAGUAUACAUGUUUCCACCGAUAGUUAGCGAUCGCGGUUCAUUCUGGUAAUUUGAUUCUCCUUUUUCCCUCGUCUUGCGAUUUUUCAGAACUCUCUCACUUCAAAUUUAAUCGUACAUUAUUCUUUUUUUCGUUUUCACAUUUUCUACAUAUUUUCCUUUAACCCUUAUGUCAAUA